UAUUGGUCUUUCAGAGAAUUUGGUAUUAGUUUUGUUGAAGCUGCGAUGCUUUUUGAUACUAGUCUUGCUAAAGCUGAGAAGUUCCUUAAUAAUAGUCUUGCUGGAGCUGAGAAGCUCCUUGGUACUG